AGACAAAGACGUUUCGAGAACGAGCCGCGACGGAGAUUCUCUUCGCAAUACAACAACUAACAUCUAGGGAUCCAGAACCCGACCACUUCUGUGGAAGCGGCCAAGAUGCCGACUCUGGCCACCACUAACUUCAACAUUCUUCUCAGCGUGCUGGGCGGUUGGUUGUCGCUCUUCGGCUCGGUCUCGUACCUCUUCAAGGGGAGCUUCUACCUCUCCGAGGCCCCCAUCUCCCUCCUCGUCGGCGUCGCCCUCUCUCCGCGCGCCGCCAACUUCAUCCGCCCGCUCGAGUACGCCCUCGGCUCCCCCGAUAAGCUCGCCUCCAUCACGCUGGCCUUGUCGCGGCUCGUGCUCGGCGUCCAGCUGGUGCUGGCUGGCGUCCAGCUGCCCAGCCGCUACCUCAGGAGGCAGUGGAGGCCGCUAGCGCUGCUGGUCGGGCCCGUCAUGGCCGCCAUGUGGAUCGUCGCCAGCCUGCUGGUCUGGGCCCUCGUGCCGGACCUCCCCCUCCUCCACGCCCUCGCCGUCGGCGCCUGCGUCGCCCCCACCGACCCCGUGCUGUCCAGCCUCAUCAUGAAGGGCCGCUUCGCCGACCGCAACCACCCCAAGGGCCUGCAGGACCUCGUGGUCGCCGAGGCGGGGGCGAACGGCGCGCUUGCGUAUCCGUUCCUCUUCCUUGCCCUGUACUUGAUCAAGUGCCUCGGGGACGGGAGCGGGGACGGUUCUGCGGCUGAGCACCACGGCGGCGGCGGCGGCGGCGCGAGGGCGGCGGUGGGGCAGUGGUUCGGCGAGGCCUGGGGCUACGCCGUGCUGCUGGGCAUCGUGUACGGCGCGGUGGUGGGCUGGCUGGCCAGGGAGCUGCUGCGCCGGGCCGAGGAGCGCCGGUUCGUCGACCGCCAGAGCUUCCUCGUGCCGGCCGUCUCCCUCGCCCUCUUCGUCGUCGGGACGUGCGGCAUGAUCGGCAGCGACGACGCGCUCGCCUGCUUCGCGGCGGGCAGCGCGUUCGCGUGGGACGACCGGUUCCGCCUCGACGCCCUCGACGACUCGCUGCAGCCGACCGCCGACAUGCUCCUCACCGUCCCCGUCUUCCUGUGGUACGGCGCCGUGUGCCCCUGGGAGGCGUUCCGCGCCAGCCCCGUCGUCCCGCUCGGCAAGCUGGUCGCGCUCGCGGUCCUGGUGCUGCUGGCGCGCCGCCUGCCCUGGGUGUUUCUGCUGCACUGGUUCAUCCCGCCGAUCGGGCAGGCGCGGCAAGCCGUCUUCGUGGGCUUCUUCGGCCCCGUCGGCGUCUCGGCCAUUUUUUACCUCUAUGUCGCCCUGGGUUUCCUGCGUACGCUGGACGUGGACGGGAAACCCAGGGCCGAUGUCAGGUUGCUACCCGAGGCGGUGACCGUGGUGGUGUGGUUCACUACCAUUUGCAGCACCUUCAUCCACGGUCUGAGCAUCCCGUUCGGAAAAAUAGGUCAUUUUCUACCAGGGACUGCCUCCCGCGACCCGUCGCCGCCCUUCGGACCUCUCGGAAGCCCGGCUUCCUCUGCGCACGGAGACGAACCCGGCACCGGGCUGAGGCGUUCUGUUUUCAGGGCCAGGGGAUCAUCCGGGCCCAAGGUUCAGCCUAGGCCGGGAGAGGCUGUGCCUGAUCGGCGGAAGGCAUCGCAUUACGGCAAGGACGUUCUAGUCGACGUGGUGGAAGCCAGUCAAGUCGCGCCGGCCCAUGCCUCCGUGCCGUGCGAGCGGCGGAUGAUUCGGCUCCCCGACGAGCCGACGAUGGCCGGAACCCGGGAAACGUGCGGACAUGGCCGCGCUGAGCGCUAAUAAGCACAGCUUGGCAGCUCGGAGGCUUAACAGGAGAGAGCAGUCUGGCUGCUUGCUCCCCUUCCUGUCCCCCUUC